AAUGUGCAGCGCAGCAAAAUCGAUGAGCAUGAAAAUAUAGUUUUUAAAACACAAACGUUAGAAACAUAAAUUUUGCAAAAUAUGCUAAUGUUUUUGAAAGAAAUAUAAAAAAUAUGCAGUUAAAAAAAAGGAGUGCAUAACCAAUGGAAAGAUUUAUAGCAUGGUUUUAUUUGUAUUUUAUUGAGUUGCAUUGAUGCACUGAUGAUAUGCAGGAUAGAGAAUUUACGCUAUGAUCGUUUGGGACAAUACAAGAUUAAUAUCUUGUUGCAUUUAUAUUGCAGUGUUUAUCGCAAUUUUCAUACAAAAAGGGACGAAGGCAUCAAGAUGUCAGAUAGACAAUAUAAAACGCGGUUAUGCUCUAAAGCAUGGCUUAAAUCAAGACAAUGUGAAGUCGUUAGGACAAGCAGAUAAUUUAGAACUUUGCAAUGAGUUGUGUUGCAGAAACGAGACAUUUUCAGUUGGUUUAUUUGAUGGUAUUAAAUGUUACGGUAUCAAAUGUAUUGGCGAUAAAGAUCGCAGAUGCAACUUGUUGCGUGAUGGAAAUGCAGACUAUACCAUAUUUAAAAUUUUGAGACCAUUUGUUCAAAGAAAUGACCAAAUAGCUGUCAAGAAAAAGAUGAAAAGGAGGAGAAGAAAACAUAGAAAAAAUAUACGUAAACAAGCGAGACCAUUACAGAUGACACAAGUUAAAGAAAGAUACAUUAAAAAACUUAAACAAAAGAUAAAAACCUACAAUAAUACUAACAGUAAUAAUUUAACUCGAUAUCAUCAAAAGAGACAUAUACGAAACAGUCAUAAACGCAAAAAGAAUUCCACACGUUAUUUUACACCGGAGAACAUUAGAAAUAAUAAUGUAACGGCAAACAAAGUGACGUUCAGUUUGGCUGGUACAAAAACAAUUUUAACCCUGCCACAUAAUGUGACUUUUAGCUUUCAAAAUACUUCAUCUUCUAUACAACACUCAACUAAAAAUAAACCACAAUUACACAGGAAGCAUAAGAAAAGGAGGAAGACACAUCACAACAAACACAGUAAAAAAAAACCCAAAGGGAGAACUUCAAAACAUAGAUACUCUAGGGACUAUCCAUUUUUGUAUAAUAACCACCCAAAUGAUGAGUUAGGGGUGGCAUACGCAAAAUUAUUGAAAGAUUCGGCUUCAGAUCGUGCAUUGAUGGAUAAACUUUUGGCUGAACAAGCCCAGGAAGAUUCAUUAUCAUCCAAGCGAACUAUAGGGAGUAUGGCCUCAUUCCAACCAGUUUUGGACGUGAAUAGUAUUGACACAAAUCAAGGGGAUAUAGGUAGUAUUGUAAGUCCGAGAAGUAAUAUAUACGAUCAGUCGUUAUUACCACCUCUAUAUUCGCAACAACAAAACGACGACUUGCUUUCAACAAUGCAGAAGAAUAUGAUCACAAACGUACCAUCUCAGGCCAAUUCGUUGACUUCAGUAAAUGUCGCAUCUAAGGGAUUAAUAAAUCCCAACACAUAUCUAGGUGGUUACACUCAGCAAAUUUCUAACUUGAAUUCAUUCGCGUUACCAAAUCCUACUCCUGCUACAGUUCCAAUCGUUGAAAGGAAGUCUACAGUUAAUCGAAUUCCAAAUCUUCAAAGCUUUACCAAUAUUCCACUAAAAAACGUUGCUCAAAAUCUAACUAUUGUAGCUCCUGUCAAGAAAUCUGCGCAGAUGUCCAAACCAGCUUUGGUAACUUCGACAAUACAAACACCAUUGACUACGACAAUUACCAAUGCUGUAAAGGAAAAUAAAAUCCCUAUAAUUCCAUACAGAGUUGUGCCACAACAACAACCAAUGAAUUCGUUGAAUAAUAAUAAUAAUAAUAUACAACAAAGAAGUUCAGUGUAUCCUGGAAAACCAGCUGCUGUGUUGCAACAAAGAAAUGUUCUUCAAACAACGACUACUAAGAUGUCUCAGCAAAAUAGUAUAGAAAUGACACCGAAAAUUAACCGAAAUACAGUUUUACAGAAAAGUUUUGUCCACACUCCUGCUAUAAAUAUUGCACAACCAAAAAAAUCGAAUACACAAAAGAAAACUUCGUUAUUGCCACAAAAGAGUGUUAUUCCAGCAGCUAAGCCAGUUAAAGCAAUAGAGAAAACGUUCAAUGCUGAUAUCCAACCGCUUAAAGAGUUUUCCACAGAUAAGGAUUUUCGCUUUAUGGAUGAAAAAGAUCAGAUUCCUCAUCCAGAGGAGUUAGAAACCACCCAAGAAAAUGUUAUUGCCACAAAGGACAGCCUCGUGGAUGUGCCGUUCCCAGCGCAUAUCCAAUUGCCUAAAUCAGAAUCGCUCACCAGAGGAUGCAUGAGUCCAAUUGGAAUUAGUGACUCGAGUAUCAUCAAAGAUGAUCGGAUGAAAGCUUCUUCGUCGAUGGAUAACUUUGCUCCUUCCCGAGGUAGAUUGCGAAUCAAAGAAAAAGGUGAAGGUUAUGCUGGUUCGUGGUGCGCUGAUGUCAACAAAACCUUAGCAGGAAAACAACCUUUUCUUCAGAUUGAUAUUGGUAACAGACACAUGUUUUGCAGGAUAGCUACUCAAGGUGACAUCAGCAUGCGAUCGUGGGUGAAAAGAUUCAAACUUCAAUUUAGUGACGAUGAGCGACAUUGGGAGCCAUAUCGUGAAGAUGGAAAAGAAAAGAUAUUUGUUGGAAAUGAAGAUGGGCUAGAUACAACGUACAAGACUUUAAAGAAUCCAAUUUUAAGUCGUUUUGUUAGGUUUAUACCUAUAAGUUGGUCUGGCAUAACUCCAUGCAUGCGAGUAGAGCUUUUCAACACCUCUCUUGAUCAAUUUUUGAAAGAGAAACCACAAUCUCGCUCAGCUAUUCCCAAAGGGCAUGUUGGACUUAUUGAUGACUUAGAUUUUGAAAAAAUGGAUGGUGCUGUUAGUUUAGAUAGAUCUUCCUUUGGAAAUAACGGCUUCCUAGCUGGGGGAGCAAAAUUGUAUGACUCACAUAGUUCUUGUCGCCAUGCUGUUAAAAUACCGCCAGGAGGAGAUAUUGUCAUAGAUGGAAGCAUUAUGAAAGUACGUCCACGUGAAGCCAUUACUAUAGCUGCUUGGGUACAACUGAAUAAAGUAGAAGGUGUGCAUUCGUUAUUUGAUACAGUUGGUGAACAUUCAAAGCAUGAUCUCGGUCAAUUUCAUUUUGAAAUUGUUGGAGGAGAUGUACGGUGGUUUCACAGAAAUGAAACUGAAGACAUAAUCUUUAACGUCAUCACAGAAAAAAAGUUGAUUAAACCAAAUGAGUGGAAUCAUAUUGCUGCUACAUAUGACUCAGUAACAGGGGAUGCUAUUAUAUUGGUAAAUGGAACUGAAAGAGUUAGAGAGAAAGGUCAGGGUUUAAUAUCAAAAGAUUGGGAUCAAAGAGUUGGUAUUGGUCGACAUAAAGGUGUUCGUUUUCUCAAUGGACAGAUUGAUAAUUUUAAGAUUUAUGAUAAAGCUCUUGGAAUCAGUGAAAUAGAAGAUUUGGCUGCUCAAUGUGAUUUUACAAAAUACUAUUGUGGUUCAACAUUAGCACAACCUUCUGGCACAAUUGUGAGUCCCAUUUAUCCUGAUACACUAGAUGGCCCUGUGCAAUGUGUGUGGAAUAUAGAAGGAAAGUUUGGCGAAGUUAUUGUACUGGACAUGAAACAAUUUAAGCUUGGUUAUAAAAACGACUGUGGUAAAGCAAAUUUAGAAGUUCGUGAUUCAGAAACAGAUGCUCUUAUUGGGUCAUACUGUGGCUCUUGGGGGAGCAAAAGCAGGCAAUUUUACUUUUGUAAUCUUCAUAGAUGUUGCAAUAUGGAUGAAUGUGAAAUUGCAUUUAUGCUUGAUGAGAACUGUUAUGCUGUUAAAUGUAUUAAUAAGGAUUUAUGUCGUAUACGCAAAGCAAAAUCUUCAAAUUUAAAUCCACAGCUUGCAUUUAUUAGAAGAGGAUUUGGUGAUCGUGUACCAGUACCUGAUAGCAUAGAUGAAAGCAACAAACAAAUCACCACAGGUUCAGAUGUGUGUCCUCAUAAUCCAGUACUGCUGAAUGCUACUCUGGUUGGAGGUAUAAAGGCAGGUAAUUUCACAUCGCAUGGUCUUGUUGAAAACUUUAAUGAAUGUUUGAGCCAUUGUUGCAGUUUGAAAGAUUGCGAUGCAGCAUUUAUGGUGAAGCAUACAUGUUUUUCUCUCCAAUGUGCGAACGAUAGAUUGUGUGAUACCAGACAAGCAAAACCAUCUCCGUAUCAUCCUAUGGUAGCAUUUCUGAACAGAUAUCGUCCAGAACCUAAAAAUGAACAGACAGGUGAUACGAAAGCUCUAAUCACAACAAAACCUUCAAGUUGUAAAGAUGUCAGAGUGUCUAAAAUUUACCAUGAUGUCACACUGAAGGGAGGCAUUAGUUCAGGGGAUUUUACAGAUAAGGGUCAUGUCACAUCAAUGGAUGAAUGCAUAAACAAAUGUUGUGGAACAGAUACAUGCAAUGUUGCCUUUGUUAUCAAGGACACUUGCUUUACUGUGAAGUGUAGUUCUUAUGAUGAUUGUGCACUUAAAUCUGCAGUUUCAGAGUAUUACAGUCCUAAGAUAGCAUACAUUAAUUGGAAUCCACCAAAAGAUGAUUUAGGUGAAACUGUGCCAUAUUCGUAUAAGGGGUGUUGGAGAGACUUUGAUAUCACUGCAUUUGCACUGCCCCUGUUAGAAGGAACAGAUCCUAAACUUAUGGAUCCUUAUAAGAAGCGUAGUGAUCCUGUAAAUGAUUGUUCCAGUGUGUCACAAGCCAGAGGGUAUAAAGUUUUUGCUAUUCAAAAUGGUGGAGCUUGUUUCAGUGGUCCUUUGUCAGAACAAACAUAUAAAAGAUACGGUAAAUCUGAGGCAUGCAAAGGAGGUAAAGGUGGACCAUUUGCAAACAGUGUUUACAAAUCAUUUGAUGAUGGCUCUGUGAUUGCUCUUGGUUGCUGGGCAGACUUGCAAGAUCGUGCUUUUAGAAGGAUGGAGAAGAAUGAUCCUUUACUAUCCAAACCAUUUGAUAGUCGUUCCGAUCCUAUUGGAAUCUGUGCAAAAGUAGCUGAAAAGAUGAAAAUGAAGUACUUUGCACUUCAAAAGGGAGGACAGUGUUUUGUUGCAAAACAAAAUAAAGCAACGUAUGAUAAAUAUUCUCCAUCGCGGAAAUGUAAAUACGGCUUAGGAGGACAAAUGGCAAAUGAUGUUUACAUGUUGAAGAAAAAUUUUACUGAGACUGCGGAAAACAUUGAUCACUUGAACACCAAUACAUCUUUACUAACUGCAUUUAAAAGUGAAGAUAUUGAAGAUGGAGAAACAGUAUACAAAGAAGAAAUUGCUGGAAAUGAAUAUGUCAAAUAUGUUUACAAAGCAGAUACUCCAAUUGAUAAUGUCACAUUAGCCUCUGCUAUCAAUGCUGGUACAUUUGAAGAUAAAGGAAAAGUUGAGAAAAUGUCAGAUUGUGUGAAAACUUGUGGUGAAUCAAAAGAUUGUAACGUUGCAUUUUUAUUAAGUUCACAAUGCUUUAAUGUGCAUUGUUUUUCAGAUGAUACAUGCAAAAUCAAACCGGCUUUCUCAACUUAUUACAAACCACAGCUAGCGUUUAUCAAACAUAGAGUGAUACGAAAGGCCCGAAAUACAACACAACCUACAGUAACCGCUCCUAUCAAAAAUACUUGUACUCCAAUUUCUGAGGCCCAAAACAUGACAUUUAUCAAUGGAAUCAACUCUGGAAAUUUUUCUGAUAUGGGUCAGGUCGAUAACAUGGAAGACUGCAAAGCUAGAUGCUGUCAGGACAAAAAAUGUAACAUAGCUUUUAAAAUUCAAAGUGACUGCUAUGGUGUACGUUGUUACAGUAAAGAUAGCUGUCGCACAAGGCUUGCGAAGAAUUCGAAUUUGUUUAUGCCUAUGUUAGCUAUGCUUAGACCAAUAGAAGAUGCAGCUGACGAGGCAUUGCAGCAAAAAUCAGAAGCAUCCAAAGCUGCCCCAUCUGUCGCAGUGUCGACAGCAACACUUGCAAAUGCGCCAUCAUCUCCUGCAAGCAAAGUGCCAACUUUUACUGGUGUUAGUCGUUCUCCCACGCCAUCCAAAGAACCAGUUAAUCAAUGCUCUGAUGAUGCUUGGGAUAAAUCCAUAAUAACCAAUGAAACACUAAUUGGUGGCAUCAAUGCUGGUGAUUUUAGAGACCAUGGACAAGCAGAUACAAUGACAGAGUGUAUGGGCUACUGUUGCAAUGAGAAGGACUGUGAUCUCAGUUUCAUGAUAGACAAAGACUGUUAUACUGUUCGGUGUUAUAGUCCAAGUUUAUGUAAAACCAGAAUCGCGAAACCAACAACAUUUAUACCACAAAUAGCUUUCAAAAAAUCUUCAAAGUUUGGUACCACGCCAUCUUCGAGCAGCGUGUCACUCCAACCAUCCGCGCAAGCCACUCCAAGUUUUGGUGAUCCUCAGAAUCAUUCAUGUAAAGCAGAGCCGAUUAUAUAUAAUGCCACUUUACGUCUUGGUAUGCAUUCCGGAUUGUUUACCAAACUCGGACGUGUCAAAGCAAUGGAUGAUUGCAUAGAAAGGUGUUGUCGAUCUUCGAACGCUGACGUUGCAUAUAUGUUGGGACCUUUCUGUUUCGCUGUUAAAUGCAAAACAAAGGAAAUGUGCAAACCAUCGCCUGCGAUGUACUCUGAUAUCACCAGUUUGAAUUUAAACCCUGCAAUAUCUUUCUUAAAUAAAGAUUCGGUUCCGUCUAUUUCGCAAGAAAACGAUAAAGAUAUUCUUGACAGCGUGUUUGACCAAACCAUUGACACUGAUGACCUAAUACAACACGUGAUCAAAAAUUUAACAGCUUCGCAAAAACUUCGUCAAAACAAAGCCACUAAUUUUAAGAAAAAACUGAUUUCUAACGAUAGCCUAACUCAUAUUACAACCAAGCCAAUUACAAACGACUCAUUGACUACUACUACCACUACUACUACUACUACUAAUGCAAAUGUGACGACAACGACUGAAACAGUUACAAGUAAAACCGCAACAAACCAAAAAGCACAUAGUAAAUCUAAAAUUGUCAUCAGUGCAGGAUUUGGUAGAGAUCUGACAACCAGUGGUGCAACCAAUGACGGAAUGUGUGCUGAUAGUCCUAUUACUUACAAUGUCACCUUACGAGGAGGAGUUCAUUCAGGUAAAUUUACAGAGCUGGGUGAAGGUAUCCCAAUGCGUGAUUGCGUUGGAAAAUGUUGCAACACUCCACUCUGUGAUGUGGCUUUUAUGUUUUCCGACAAGUGUUAUGCUGUGGGCUGUUAUGACGAAGCACAAUGUCAAGCGGUCAUUGCUAAACCAUCCAAGUUAAGUCCCAAGCUGGCGUACGUUACUAAGUUUAGAAAUAACGCAGCUCUUUCGUUGGAUGAUAUGCCGUCCGGUAUUGGUUUCUCGUUGAAUUCUGAAGGUAAAUGUAACGCAAAGAACGUUAAACAUGGCCCUAUUUAUACUAACAAGACUUUGAUUGGUGGUAUGAAAGCUGGUAAUUUCACAUUUCUGGGGCAUGUCAAAGAUAUUAACAGUUGCCUGAGCAAAUGUUGUGCAUCAGACAAAUGUGAAAUGGCUUACUUAGUCAACCAACAGCAAUGCUAUGGAUUGAAAUGCUAUACACCUGAACUGUGUCAGAUUGACGAUGCACAGAAACCAAUCACUACAAGAUUAAUUCAAAUAUCCAAGGUUUUGAAACCAAACAAAAGAAGAAAGCUGAAAACAACUACCAUGUUUGCAUACCUUGCAAUUGGUUUGGUUACCAUGACAAUAUGCUUAACAGGUUUUGUUUGGGCCGCGCUGUUCUUUGUUAGGCGGUAUAACGCGAAUGGCCACGCCAAAAGUCAACAGACGGACGAUGAUCCCAAACCGGACAGAUAGCACAGCAGAGAGCAACUUAAAUAAGGAAGACAGAUACAUCCGAUACUGAUAGACCAUAAUCAUGGUGAACUCAGUAUAUAUUAGCACAUUGUGCAACUUCAAGCCGAUAAAUCGCUUGUUAAAAAAUCCUACCAAGCACAAAAAACUAUUAUUAAGUGACGUGCUUUUUAAGUAAAAAACGAUGACGUCAUCAUUUUGAUGCAAAUUUUAGACUUGUAUUAAUUAUAAGCAUGCAGAUAUACUUUGACUCUUAAAAAUUAGACAAACAACACGUUACUGACCAAAAACCCGAUCAUUUGUUUUCCCG